AUGGACGAUAAAAUACCCAACGAAAGCCAUUUCGAUUCGUCCACUGUUAAGGCAUAUACUGCUGAAGAACUAUCGAACGAAGGGAGUAUCGGCGACAGCACAAAACCGGAUGACAUCGUUCUGGUGGAUUGCCGCAACUACUAUGAAUCAGCUAUAGGCCACUUCGAAACUUCCGUGCGCCCAAAUAUACGUAAGUUUAAGUACUGGCCAGAGUACGUGGACAAAAAUGAAGACCUCUUCAGGAACAAGACUGUAGCCUUGUAUUGCACGGGAGGGAUAAGAUGUGAAUUGGGCUCGGCCUAUUUAAUGAAGAAGGGUAUUGCGAAAGAGGUUGUGCAAUUAGACGGGGGCAUCCACAGGUAUAUGGAAAAGUAUCCAACCGGGCAUUUUAAAGGCAAGCUCUUCGUCUUUGACAAUCGCCAGACUGUAAUAUCAACUGCAGGAGGGGAUGAUAUAGAACACCAGGAUACAGCUAACAGGACAAAUGUAUCAGCAGCAAGUGAUACAGGUAGUGAUAGAAAUGAAGAUGCAGCGGGCGGCAAUAUCCUAAGCCGGUGUAGUAGGUGCCAAUGUUUGCACGACGAGUACACGGUGUGUGAGAAUGAGGGAUGCUCACUGCUGAUACUGGUGUGCGAAAAGUGCAGAACACUCGCAGCACCGUCGAAAGUGGUGUGCUGCGAUAGCUGUGCCGAAAGUGAGCAUGGGAGGUGUACAUGCGUAUCACAGCGCCAACGCGUGCCUACUGAGGUUUAGAAUUUAUAAGUAUUUAAUAGUGGCUCC